UGUGUCGUUUGGUUUGGUUGUGGUUUUUUCGUUGAUGUUGAUAGAUAUUUGUUGGUUAUUUAUUUACCAAUUAGUUGUUAAAACACAUAGAGACCUAUUAAUUCUCCUCGCCAGUGUUCUUAUUCAAUAUCCAGCUUAAGUUGAAAAAAGAGUGAACAUCAAAUAGUAUUUACAUCUAUGUACUAUGACAAUAAAUGAGUGUCUUAUUUUCGCAGUAGUUGGCUAGGUCAUCAGUAUUUUGAAUGUAAUUUAACAUUGGAUUUAGGAUAUAAACCUAUUCUUGACUCUACAGAUUACAGUCCUUUGCCAAAUUGGAUUGCUUGUGGGAAGUAUAUGUUGUAGUAAUUAGGUUUUAUCGCCGCAGACUUAGAAAAAGCAGACAAUUUUUUCGAAGCUUGAACAAAAUGCCUACUCAGCUUGCAAACUCUGACAUACCAGAAAUCCGAGUGAAGACCGCUUACAAUGGGGAGGUGAUGAUCACUUACAUAGAUCCCCACACAUCGCUUGAUCAGCUUUGUCAAGAGAUGAGGGACAUUUGUAGGUUCGGCACGGACCAAGUGUUCACCAUGAAAUGGGUGGAUGAAGAAGGUGACCCCUGCACCAUCUCUACACAGAUGGAACUGGAUGAAGCUAUUCGCCUCUAUGAAGUCAACAAAGAUUCUGAGCUCACCAUUCAUGUUUUCCCCAAUGUUCCACCUGCUCCUGGUAUGCCAUGUCAAGGAGAGGAUAGAAGUAUAUACAGACGUGGUGCUCGUAGAUGGAGGAAACUUUAUAGAGUCAAUGGACAUAUUUUUCAAGCGAAGAGGUUUAAUAGAAGAGCGUUCUGUGCCUUCUGUCAAGACCGCAUCUGGGGACUCGGUCGACAGGGGUUCAAAUGCAUCCAGUGCAAACUGUUGGUCCACAAAAAAUGUCACAAACUUGUACAAAAACCUUGCAGCAACGAAGCAGUGGAACCGAUCGUCAGGGAUGAGUCUAAUGGCGAUGGUACGCCCGUUUGCACGCCUCCUUCGGAACUGUUACCUGAGUUGAAAGAUUUCCAUGAACCUCCGCUUGAUCUUUCACCCGAGUCCGUCCCCAUUGAAGAUCACACAAAGCCAAGUGAUGAAUCUCUGGAGCCGGGUUCACAGAGACAAUACUCACUCAACGACUUUGAACUGAUCAGAGUGAUCGGACGAGGUUCGUACGCCAAGGUGCUCAUGGUAGAACUGAAGAAGACGAGAAGAAUAUACGCGAUGAAAGUUAUCAAGAAGGCACUGGUCACUGAUGAUGAGGACAUUGACUGGGUGCAAACGGAGAAACAUGUGUUUGAAACAGCGUCCAACCACCCAUUCCUGGUUGGGCUACACUCGUGCUUCCAGACGCCGUCUCGGCUGUUCUUUGUGAUUGAGUUUGUGAGAGGAGGAGACCUCAUGUUCCACAUGCAACGGCAGAGGAGGCUACCCGAGGAACACGCGAGGUUCUACGCAGCGGAGAUAAGCUUAGCACUCAACUUCCUUCAUGAAAAAGGCAUUAUAUAUCGGGACCUGAAACUAGACAAUGUUCUGCUGGACCAUGAGGGUCACAUAAAGCUGACGGACUACGGCAUGUGCAAGGAGGGUAUCAGACCUGGGGACACUACAUCUACAUUCUGUGGGACACCUAACUACAUCGCACCUGAGAUACUGAGAGGCGAGGACUACGGCUUCAGUGUGGACUGGUGGGCGCUGGGAGUUCUACUGUAUGAGAUGUUGGCCGGCAGAAGUCCUUUUGACAUUGCGGGCGCUUCUGAAAACCCUGAUCAAAAUACAGAGGAUUAUCUCUUCCAAGUUAUCCUGGAGAAGACUAUCCGAAUCCCGCGGUCGCUAUCAGUAAAGGCAGCCUCGGUACUCAAGGGGUUCCUCAACAAGAACCCCGGGGAUCGUCUCGGCUGUCACAGAGAAACUGGUUUCUUUGACAUCGCCAACCACGCCUUCUUCAAGAGCAUCGACUGGGAAAUGCUGGAGCAGAAGCAGGUUCCCCCUCCGUACAAGCCGAGACUGGACUCGGAACGUGAUCUUGCCAACUUCCCACCGGAAUUCACAGACGAACCGGUUCAUUUGACACCCGAUGACCAGAGGGUGAUUGACAAGAUCGAUCAGUCAGAGUUUGAAGGGUUCGAGUACGUAAACCCUCUACUGAUGUCACUAGAAGACUGCGUGUGACGUCACGAGUGGGGGUGCCGCCACUUUGAUGACCUCUUCGACCUCACGUCAUCACCGGAACUGGAAAGGCCUCCUUCGCGCGGCAUCCUGCAGCAAAUGUUCUGCCUUCCUCUCCGUUAGCAGUGAUAAUCUAGAAUAGUUUAGCUUAUAACGCUUUCAUCGAGUAACCUACGGUACAGUAACAAUAAACGAUCGCAUGUUAGCACCAUCGCGUAGACGUUAGCUAUCACGUAUUCGUACUGGCCUAACUAGCCUUUAGCGUAGAAUCACGCGAGCGUAUCGACUCUAAUUCUACAAGCACUCGUAUCGUAACCCGAGUAUUAUUUAAAAGAUGAAAUGCUCAAUCUCCAUUCAGGAUUGUCGAAUUCGAAAGUGAUUAUUUUUUCAAUUAGCGACUACGAUGAAUAGCGGAUAGUUGUAGGACUCUGCCUGUCCAGGCGUACAGUGUAACUUAUAGCCUAUAUAUCGAGUUAUACUAUUGAAAUAUAUAUAUAUAUAUAUAUUAGAGCCUUGUGUAGGUCUCUGUAUAUUAUUCCGCACCUAUCACCUAUGUUUUAGUCUUAUCAAGCACUGAGGAGAGGUUUCCUUGGCCUUCCGCUGUUGCCAGUCUCAUUCCUCUAUUACAUUCCUUUCUUAUCUUUUAGCGAGUGAUAUUUUGAUAGCAGCUAGAUUAUUCAAACGACAGAUUUAUAGAGUUAUUUAAUUAACGUGUUAUUAUUUUAUAGCUUUAUCUCCCAAACGGAGCAAAUCCGGACGAUACAAUCGGAUAUAUUUUCAUUAUCGAGGGUCGUUCGUUCGACUCUUGUAAUAUAAAUGUUGGGGUUUUAGAGCUAGGAAGGCCUUUAUCGAUAUAUAUUGUACUAUACAGUUUUGUACAGUUUGGUGUUCAUCUUUACUGUUAAUGUAUCGAAAAUCCUAUUAUUCUAAUUAUAUGUUGUUUGUUAAAGAGUUAAUAAAACACUCAUUUUAAUGCGGUGACCGUUUGCUGUUGUGAUAUGUAAACAAAUUCUAAGGCAGGUGUUGGUUAACCUAUUGUUUUGACAGCAAACUAGUGAUUGUUUAGUUUUUGUAAAUCUAUAUAGUUUGUAAAACAUUGUUAAAUUGUAUAUCUGAGAUAAAAACCAACAUCUGUUGUGUAAGGCGGCUAAGCAAUUAUUUUGUAUUUCAACUCGAGUUUCACUGUUGGAUGUCGGAUUGAAUGUGAUAUUGUUUGUAGGUCACCUUUGGACGGAUGUUCGUAGACAGUAUCAGGUGCUGAAAAGGGCAUUUCUUCAUUUCAGUAUUAUAAGCUAUUUAUGAUCUUGCUUCACAUUCAUUUAAUCGAAUUUAUUGUUUACUGUAUAUACCUUGUGUUUUGAUUCCAUUCAGUAUUUUUAGUAUUUGAUUUUAUUUGCUAGUUAAUUUGUGUGUAUUAUUGUGUACUUUUUCUACACUUCUAUAUUUUAUCAUUCAAUUAUAUGAGUUAAUAAUAUAUA